UCUCGCGAUGCGGAGCGCGAUUUCCCAGCCAGCAGUGUGUGUGCAGAAACGAGGAAAAGAUGGCGACACAGGACAGGGAAGGAACCAAAGCCACCGUGAGCAACGGCGAGGUGAGCAGUAAUGGCACUGCUGCUGCGACAACAGAUGGCCAGGCUGUGCAGACGGCUGGAAACGCACAGGACCCUCAACAGCAGCAGCAACAACAACAACAAGCACCCAAUGCUUGGCAGGUCAUUAAAGGGGUCCUCUUCAGGAUUUUCAUAAUCUGGGCAAUAAGUAGUUGGUUCCGCCGAGGGCCGUCUACACCUGACCCAAAUACACCUGCUGGAGCACCCAGAGUACCCAGUAGAAACCUCUUCCCUAAGGACACCCUCAUGGACCUGUAUGUGUUCGUGUCCCAGGAGGAGGUGUUCUCAGACUUCAACAACACAGAAGCUGCCUUUUGGUUCCAAAGGGACCUAGUCUAUGGAGACUGGACCACAGGGGAAGAUGGGGACGGCUGCUACCAGCACUACAAGGAGAUGGAUAUUCCAGAGACAGUGCAGCACAAUGGUUCGCUCUACAUCCACAUCUACUUCACUAAAAGUGGAUUCCACCCAGAUCCCAAACGGAAGGGACAGUACCGCAGACUGGCAACAGUUCAUGCAACACGAAUGUUGAAUAAAUUCAAGAGGCGAAAGUUUCUCAAGACCAAGAAUCUGCUGACAGGAGAAACAGAAGCAGAUCCUGAAAUGAUCAAGCGAGCAGAGAGCCAUGGCCCUGUGGAGAUCAUCUCUCAUUGGCACCCUAACCUCACCAUCAACAUGGUCGAUGACCACACCGCCUGGGUCAAAGGUUCUGUUCCGCCUCCAUUAGACCAACAUGUAAAAUUCGAUGCAGUAAGUGGUGACUACUAUCCCAUUGUGUACUUCAAUGACUACUGGAACCUUCAGAAGGACUACUACCCCAUCAACGACACCCUGACAAAACUGCCACUGCGCCUCAUCUACUGUCCGCUGUCCUUGUGGCGCUGGCAGUUGUACGCUGCGCAGAACGCGCGCUCGCCAUGGAACUUCCUGCCCGAGGACACGUACGAGCAGUCUGACGAAGACCAAGACUCUGUCAAGGUUGCUCUCCUGGAAACCAACCCAUACCUGCUGGGACUCACCAUUGUUGUCUCCAUUGUGCACAGUAUCUUCGAAUUUCUUGCUUUCAAGAAUGAUAUCCAGUUUUGGAACAGCCGGCAGUCUUUGGAAGGCCUGUCCGUGCGCUCCAUCAUUUUUGGGGUGUUCCAGUCUCUGGUGGUGCUGCUCUACAUUCUGGAUAACGAGACCAACUUCGUGGUGCAGGUCAGCGUCUUCAUCGGCCUCCUCAUUGACCUCUGGAAAAUCACCAAGGUCAUGGAUGUCAGAUUGGACAGAGAGAACAAAAUUGCAGGAAUAGUCCCCAGACUAGUAUUCAAAGACAAGUCAACAUACGUGGAGUCUUCAACCAAAAUCUAUGACGAUAUGGCCUUCAGAUAUUUAUCUUGGAUUCUCUACCCUCUGUUUGGCUGCUACGCUGUCUACAGUUUGUUGUAUGUAGAGCACAAAGGCUGGUACUCAUGGGUACUCAGCAUGCUGUAUGGCUUCUUGCUAACCUUUGGCUUCAUUACAAUGACGCCACAGCUAUUCAUCAACUAUAAAAUGAAAUCUGUGGCUCACCUCCCAUGGAGGAUGCUCACCUACAAGGCUCUCAAUACGUUUAUUGAUGACCUGUUUGCCUUCGUCAUCAAGAUGCCCAUGAUGUACAGGAUAGGAUGCCUCAGAGACGAUGUGGUGUUCUUCAUCUACCUGUACCAGCGGUGGAUCUACCAGGUCGAUCUCAACAGGGUCAACGAGUUUGGCACCAGCGGAGUUGAUCACACCCAGAACAACGCGGCAGAAGGAGACGCUGCUCCCUCUGCCACUGCGGCCAUCACAGACAAACCAGAGGGAGAAAAGAAGAAUGACUGAUGUGGCCACGCCCUUAUACCCCCCCCUUCACCCUCUCUUGGGGGGAAGAGGAUUUGUGGAAAUUACACAGGCAAGGGAGCCAUUGUUUAGCUGUUGUGGAUGUCACUACAAAAAAAGAGAAAAGAAAUGAAUAAAAUAGUGGAGGUCUCCCUCUCUCUGUGCACGUCUCCACAGUUCUCUUCGGCGUAGAUGUGGUGAAUUUAUUUUUUCCUCCCUGCCCAGCCCCGCCCUCGUUUUGCAGUUAAAGUGAUGUAAAAGAAUAUGUGAUGUACUGUAUUCUGUAUGAUUUCAGAGGGCAAGUGUGUCGGGAGGGAGCAGCCAUAUCCCCCCCCCCUUUUUUUUUUUUUCUUAAACGCAAGGAAGAAUGUGGCCAAUUGCAACUUUAAUUUCUUGUGUAGAUUACUGGUGAAUUUUUUUUUUUUCCUCCUUUCAUUCCGUGUGAGCGUAAAUUUUUUUUUUUUUUUUUUUUUUUUGGACUGCCUGUGAACUCUGGAGCAGAGCCAGAAGAAACGGGUGAAGCCGCCAUGGAAUCGGUUGACGCUAACGCUAGAGACGAUGACUACUACCCUCGACUUUCAGCAAACGGUUGAUGUUCUGAACCUGAACAUAAAAAAUAACAGCCUUGUUGGUAUUAAUAUAAAUAUAUUGAUAAUGUCAAUUUAACUUUUGUUUUUCAGUCACUGAAACGUUCUUUUGUAUGUCCUGAAACUGUACAGAAUCUCUGCUUGUCAUGUUCAUACCGAUGACUAAACUGUCUACCAAUA